AUUGUUAUAAGCAAAUCUCAUUUGGUCCUAAAAAGACAACCUUUGCCCUCUACAGUUACCCCCACCAUUUUCUCCGUCCCCAUUUCAGAUCAAAAACCCCAAAAACCCAAAUCGGAGAAAAAAAUCCCAAGAAAAUGGAACAUCAUACAACUACAAGCAGAGCAGAAGCAGAAAGAUUGCUAGGAGUUGCAGAAAAGCUCUUAAGGGAAAAAGAUUUUGCACCCUGUAAAGAUUUUGCCCUUCUUGCUCAAGAAACUGAGCCUUUACUAGAAGGACCUGACCAGAUCCUAGCUAUUGCUGAAGUUCUUUUAGCUUCACAAAAACGAAUCAACAAUCACCAUGACUGGUACUCAAUUCUUUCAAUCCAAGGUCGUACUGAAGAUUCAGAGUUAAUCAAGAAACAGUAUCGCCGUCUUGCUCUUCUUCUUCAUCCUGACAAAAACAAAUACCCAUCUUCAGAUGCUGCUUUUGGGCUUGUUGCUGAUGCUUGGGCUGUUCUUUCAGAUCCAUCAAAAAAGGGUCUUUAUGAUAAUGAGCUUUCGCUUUUUACUAGAGUUAAUUUGGCUCCUGCAGGAAGAGGAAGACCCAGAGGAAGUUAUAAUAAGCAUAAAAAAGGAGAUGAUAAAUUGCCCGUGAGGAGGAGUAGUAGGGCGAGCAAUUCGGGUCAAAAUCAGAACCCGAAUCCGAGUCCGGUGAGUCAGAGGAAUUAUCAUAGUGCGCCGCCGAAGCCUGCGGCGGCGACACCGAUGAGUGGUAUGAUGAGAGGGCAAAGGGUGGUGAAUUUGUGGACGGCGUGUCCGUAUUGUUACAAUUUGUAUGAGUAUCCUAGGGUUUAUGAAGGGUGUUGUUUAAGGUGUGAAAAGUGUAAAAGGGCUUUUACUGCUACUGAGAUUUUGUCAAUGCCACCAUUAGUGCCAGGGAGAGAAGCUUAUUAUUGCAUUUGGGGUUUUUUCCCAAUGGGUUUUGUGAAUGGGAAUUUGGAGGAUUUGGGAAAUGGGAAAGGUUCUGCUGCUGCUGCUGCUGCAACUACUGGUGCAUUUCCUACUUGGAUGCCACCGAUGUUUUCGUCUGAAGGGAAUGUGAAUGUUGCUAGUAAUCAACAAAAUGCUACUCCAAUUCCGGCUAAUGUUCAGGUUCCGACUGCAGCUCAGGCGCCAGCACGGCCUCAGGCUCCGAGACCAAUGACGACAGGAGCUAAGAAAAGAGGUAGGCCUAGGAAGUAUAACUAAAAAGGUUUGAUUUUUAUGGUUUCUAGAACGGAUUGCCUCAAGAAUUUUGAGUCUAUGGAGAUUAAUGUUUAGUUUGAUCAAGUUGAUUGAGGUUGAGGCAGAUGGAAUUGGUAAGGGUUUACAUGAGACAAGAAUCUUCGUAAAUCGAAUGAUCCAUGAUCCAAUGGUGUAGUAAGUCGAGUAGUGAGCAAAAGUAGCUGCUCAUAUGAAGAAGUGUAUAUGCUGAUAACUGUGCUUCUUCUCAUUGUAGAAAUUUCUCUUAGCUUCUUGUUGUUAGAUGCCUUGUGUUUGUAGAAAUUUCUCUUGUUGUUGGUAGAUUUUAUGGGGUUUGUAGUUACUAUAUUUAUUCAAUUUUCAAGACUUAUAGUCGUAGACUUGUUUUGUAAUUGAAUGAUCUUUUAUGCCAAAUUUCGAAAUUCUCAUAUUUGUCUGAUU